AUGGAACUGGGGUCACCGCUAUACCUCCAAGCACCCCCGGAGGAUGAUCGGGUAGCUUCUGCUGACGCCCUGGAACAGAUGAACGGCCCGUUUACUGGUCCCAAUAUUGUACCUCUUAAGCCACUUCCUCUGGACACAUUGCCUUUUCAAUAUAAUUUCGGCUACGCUCCCGACGGAAUUUGUCGCUACGCCCGUUCACCCAGGAAGAUACUAGAAGAACCUCAAGAGCAGCAAUUCCACGACCCAUCUACGCAGGCAUCCAUCACAGUUUGUCCUCCCGGCUUUGGGUUGCUACCUCCACAAACAGGGGUCUCGCAAUAUUCCUUAGCUCCGACUUCACCCGAGUUCCGGCUCUUAUCCUUUGGGUCAAUAUCCCUGAAUGUCAGGGUAACGUGGCCUUCUAUAUAUCAUGAUCAUAUAAAUCAAUAUGACAUUGAAUCUUCAGCAAAUACCAAUGGUCUAGAAGUCUACCGAGAAAACAGCAUUGGCCAUCUCCAGCCUCAAGAUCCUGAGCUUAUGAAUCCUACCUGCGAGGAAGAUAGUUUGUUGGCCUAUAUCCAGUCCGUCCAUAUGGAAUUGGCGAGCGUGAGGACGGAAGUCACUGAAUUAAGGGCUGGGAUUGAAUUGUUAAAUGCCAACCGUUCUGUGGCGCCUGACAUGAGCAUCAAUCAGGUUCUGUCUGACCUUUUAUCUGUGGAUGCAGGCAAAUGA